AUGAAUGGCCCGAACAUGGAGGAAAUUUCGUUUGAAAGAGUCCAGACCCGGAAGGAGGGUCACUGUCCGGCCGCCACCGGUACAACCAUCGCUGCCGUCGCGUGCGAGGACGAGUUCGAAAGCAAAGAGCUCGAGACGCUCUUCCAAAACUACAAUCUGAAGCUAGAGCAGACGGCAACGCUCAAAGCCCUCGCGGUGCUCAUCGUGGCCGCCUCGUCCCUCGCGCUGAUGGAGCUUCUGUCCGGUCCCCGGCUCACGGUGUCCAAGGGCUCUCACCCGGUGCACAGCGUAGUGUUCGUCUCUCUCUUUAUAGUCACCAACGUCAAGUACCUGCAAGUGACGCAGCUGCAGCAGAUCGCCAAGCUCGCGCUGCUCUUCAGCUUCACCUUCGCGCUCCUCUGCUGCCCGUUCCCCCUCGCACUUGGCGCCGCCGGCGUGGGGGCUCCCCCCGCACCGGAGCAAGGCGUGUGGCAGCUCAUGCUGGUCACUCUCGUGGCAUACGUGCUGCUCCCGGUGCGGACGCUGCUCGCAGUGCUGUUUGGUAUGAUGGUGGCCGUUUCCCACUUCAUCGUCACGGCGACAUCAGUCACGGCCAGAAAACACAAGCUCUGGAGACCGCUGGUGGCCAAUGCUGUACUAUUCACCAGUGUCAACCUGUCUGGAGUCUUUGUCAGGGUGCUGACUGAGCGUGCUCAAAGGAAGGUCUUUCUGCAGGCUCGGAGCUGCAUAGAGGAAAGGCUACAACUAGAGGAUGAGAAUGAGAAGCAGGAGCGCCUCCUCAUGAGCCUGUUGCCCAGGAACGUUGCCAUGGAGAUGAAGGAGGACUUCCUGAAGCCGCCCGAGAGGAUCUUUCAUAAGAUCUACAUCCAGCGUCAUGACAACGUCAGUAUCUUGUUUGCAGACAUCGUGGGGUUUACCAGUCUGGCGUCUCAGUGUACUGCCCAGGAACUGGUCAAACUGCUCAACGAACUCUUCGGGAAGUUUGACGAGCUGGCCACAGAGAACCACUGUAGGCGUAUAAAGAUUCUGGGGGACUGUUACUACUGUGUGUCAGGUCUGACCCAACCCAAGGCAGACCAUGCACACUGUUGUGUAGAGAUGGGCCUGGACAUGAUCGACACUAUCACGUCUGUGGUGGAGGCUACAGAGGUGGAUCUGAACAUGCGUGUGGGUCUGCACACGGGCCGUGUACUCUGUGGGGUUCUGGGACUUCGAAAGUGGCAGUAUGAUGUCUGGUCCAAUGAUGUCACUCUGGCCAAUGUGAUGGAGGCAGGAGGACUGCCUGGUAAGGUCCACAUAACCAGGACUACUCUAGAGUGUUUGAAUGGAGACUAUGAGGUGGAGCCUGGCUUUGGCCAUGAUCGACAUACCUUCCUACAGAAACACAACAUUGAGACCUUCUUCAUAGUACCCUCCCACAGGCGAAAGAUCUUCCCAGGGUUGAUCCUGUCGGAUAUCAAGCCAGCCAAGAAGAUGAAGUUUAAGACAGUGUGCUACCUGCUGGUUCAGCUCAUGCACUGUAGGAAGAUGUUCAAGGCGGAGAUCCCCUUCUCUAACGUCAUGACCUGCGACGACGAUGACAAGAGGCGUGCGUUGCGGACGGCAUCGGAGAAGGUGCGUAGCCGGACGUCGUUCUCGGGCUCCGUGCAGCACCCGCCUGGUACACGGGUUAACCGCUACAUUGGCCGGCUAAUCGAGGCUCGUCAGACAGACUCACAGACCACCGACCUCAACUUCAUCACACUCACCUACAGGAACACAGACAGGGAGCGCAGGUAUAACCAGGAGUAUGAUGGUAAUUUCAUCAGUGCAGUGAUUGUCUCUCUGGUCCUCGCUUCUCUCUUUGGCCUUAUCUAUCUUCUGAUGAUACCACAGGGACUGUUGGUGCUGCUGUUGCUGGUGAUGUGUUUGUGCUUCCAUGUGGUCUGUGUGAUGUAUCUUUACAUCACAAGUGUUCAGUGUUUUCCAGGGUGUCUCACCAUUCAGAUCCGAACAGCGCUCUGUGUGUUUCUAGUCCUGUUGACCUACUCUGUCACCCAAGCAUGUGUGGUGAGCUGUUUACCCUGGGUCUGGAUUAUGGGAGGUAACUCUAGUAGCAGCUCCGUGGAGACUGUUUCCAUGGACACGCCGAGCGAGCCAGGGCCAAUGAACAGUACGGUAGCGGAGGGGGUGUGUCCGAACGUUUCCUACGCUCUCCUCUCCUGCGUGGCCGGAACUCUCACCGUCAUCCCUUACCUCCGCGUCUCCUCGCUACCUAAGAUACUCCUGCUCUUCCUUCUCUCGGUCCUUUACACCGUUGCCAUGGAGACCAGCGGGUACCGCAUCGCCGUGGGGGGAGGUUUGCUCCACCCUCGGCGGUAUGAUCCAAUGCUGGGUCUCCUGUUGUUUACUGUAGCUCUGGCUCUACACUGUAGACAACUGGACCUCAAACUACGCCUAGACUUCCUGUGGGCCACUCAGGCAGAGGAGGAGAGAGGCGACAUGGAGAAGGUGAAGUUGGACAACAAGAGGAUCCUGUUCAAUCUCCUACCUGCACACGUUGCGCAGCACUUCCUCAUGUCCAACCCCCGCAACAUGGACCUGUACUACCAGUCGUAUAGUCAGGUGGGAGUGCUGUUUGCCUCCAUCGCUAAUUUCAAUGACUUCUACAUUGAGCUUGACGGCAACAACAUGGGAGUGGAGUGUCUCCGGCUGCUCAACGAGAUCAUCGCAGACUUUGACGAGCUGAUGGACAAAGAGUGCUAUAAGGACAUUGAGAAGAUCAAAACUAUCGGCAGCACAUACAUGGCUGCAGUAGGCCUGGUACCUACCACUGGCUCCAAGGCUAAGAAGUCCACCUCUUCACACUUAUGCACAGUGGCAGAUUUUGCUGUUGAGAUGUAUGAUGUACUGGAUGCCAUCAACUACCAGUCGUAUAACGACUUUGUCUUGAGAGUGGGUAUUAACGUGGGUCCAGUAGUAGCAGGAGUGAUUGGAGCACGGAGGCCUCAGUAUGAUAUCUGGGGGAACACAGUCAACGUGGCCAGCAGGAUGGACACCACCGGACUACCUGGCAAGAUACAGGUGACAGAAGAUGUGCAGCGCAUCAUUAAGGGUCAAUAUGACUUUGUGUGCCGUGGCAAGGUCAGCGUCAAGGGCAAAGGACAGAUGCUUACCUACUUCCUGGAGGGGCGGAUCCCCGGCAGAGGGUCACAGCACCAGCCCAGGAACCUGGAUCGCUCCCGGACAAGUCUUUUCAACCGUUCAGCCAUUAGCAACAUCUGCACCAAACUGAGCCCCGCCCCCACCAUGACCACCUAUUCCACGAUGCGAAACCCCACCCCCGGCACAGGCACUGCAGCAUCCACCUCCACAAACAGCACCAUCCUCUACCUGCCCUCCGUGGCUGUUCCCACGGCGAUGGAGGUGUGA